AGCAAGAUUAUGGCCGAGCAUAGCCACAUGCAAAAUGGUAGCUUAGAGGAAAGCUUUGCAGUACAUUCCCUUGAGAACGAUUCCCAAAACAUGAUGGAGACCCUAAGCCCAAAGAAAUACUCUUCCAGUCUGAGAUUUAAAGCCAAUGGAGACUACUCUGGCUCCUAUUUAACCCUCUCACAACCUGUGCCGGCUAAGAGAAGCCCUUCUCCUUUGGGGACUAGUGUCAAAAGUAGCCCCUCCCUGGCCAAAAUCCAGGGAAGCAAGCAGUUCUCUUGUGAUGGAACUGACAAAAACGUUUCCGUGAAACCUCCCACUCCUGUGCUCAGCACCACCUCCUCCCUCAGUGGAUAUCCGCUUGGGAGAGCAGACUUUGAGCAUUAUAUUGGCCGGGACAAUGAAAGGUCCUUAAGGCUCUCAGAGAAGCCUCCCUAUUCCAAAUAUAGCUCGAGGAAUAAAUCACAUGACAGUGUCUACUUUCUCGGAGGGCUGGAAGGACGCAAGGCAUCUGGCUCACUCCUGGCCAUGUGGAAUGGAGGUUCCCUGAGUGAUACUGGCCCUUCUCCCAUCAGCAGAUCAGGGGCAGCAAGCAUGCCUUCAAGCCCAAAGCAAGCCAGGAAAAUGGACAUUCAGGACAACCUGACACUUCAGCCCAAGUUAAGCAGACAAAAGGAGCCAGCAUCUGAAAACAUCAGUUUAAGAACUAGGAAGUACUCUAGCAGCAGCCUAAGUCACAUGGGAGCCUAUAGCCGAUCGCUUCCCAGAUUGUACAAAGCCACAGAGAACCAGCUGACGCCUCUCAGCGUGCUUCCAAGAAACUCUCUGGGCAAUUCCAAACGAACAAAACUGGGAGAAAAGGAUCUACCUCAUACCAUAAUAGACAAUGACAAUUACCUUAAUUUUUCUUCUUUAAGCUCAGGGGCUUUACCCUAUAAAACCUCUGCAUCUGAGGGCAAUCCUUAUGUAAGUUCCACCCUCAGUGUCCCUGCCAGUCCUCGAGUAGCUCGGAAGAUGCUUCUGGCCUCCACCUCGUCCUGUGCCUCUGAUGACUUUGAUCGGGGACUUUCAUACUCGGGGAACAGCCCAAGUCAUUCAUUUCAUCCCGGGGAGCCGGACAGAGUGUUUGUGGCCAGGAGGAACUUCUCUUGUGGGUCUGUGGAGUUAGAUGAUGCUGAUUUGGACAGCCUCAGGCAGGCCUCAGGAACUCCUCAGCCUGUCCUUCGCGAACGGAAAAGCAGCAUUAGCUCCAUUUCAGGACGCGAUGACCUGAUGGAUUAUCACCGGCGACAGAGGGAGGAAAGACUCAGGGAGCAGGAGAUGGAGCGAUUGGAAAGACAGCGUCUAGAGACCAUCCUCAGUCUCUGUGCUGAAUACACAAAGCCCGACAGUCAUUUGUCCACUGGCACUACCGUGGCAGAUGUGCAGAAAAUCAACAAGGAGCUUGAGAAGCUGCAGCUCUCUGACGAGGAGUCUGUGUUUGAAGAAGCCCUGGCGAGCCCUGACACAAGAUAUAGGUGCCACCGGAAAGGCUCUCUCCACGAUGCGGACGUGGCAGGCUUCGGGAGUCUCGGUCAGAGCAGUGCCAGCUUCCUUGCCCCCAGGAGCAUCAGGAAUGAUGAACUGCUCAGUGACCUCACCUGGACUUCCCCACCAUCAGCCUCUGCCUUUCUGAAAGCUUCCAGCGAGUCCUCUUAUCUAAGUAUCCUACCAAAGACCCCAGAAGGUAUCAGUGAAGAACAGAGGACUCAGGAGUUGGCUGCAAUGGAAGACGCCCGGAUAGUAAUUCUGAACAACCUCGAGGAACUUGAACAAAAAAUCAAAGAUAUAAAUGACCAAAUGGAUGAAUCUUCCAGAGAGUUGGAUAUGGAAUGCGCUCUUUUGGAUGGAGAACAGAAAUCUGAAACAACUGAACUUAUGAAGGAGAAGGAGAUUUUGGAUCAUCUAAACCGGAAAAUAGCAGAACUGGAAAAGAACAUAGUUGGUGAAAAGACCAAGGAGAAGGUAAAGCUUGAUGCUGAAAGGGAAAAACUAGAGAGGCUUCAGGAGCUUUACUCCGAGCAGAAGACCCAGCUGGACAAUUGUCCUGAGUCCAUGAGGGAACAGUUACAACAACAGCUGAAGAGGGAUGCCGAUCUGUUGGAUGUUGAAAGCAAACACUUUGAGGACCUGGAAUUCCAACAGCUUGAACAUGAGAGCCGUUUGGAUGAGGAAAAGGAGAACUUGACCCAACAGCUCCUGCGUGAAGUGGCUGAAUAUCAACGGAACAUCGUGACUAGAAAGGAAAAAAUUUCUGCAUUAAAAAAGCAAGCCAAUCACAUUGUUCAGCAGGCUCAGAGAGAACAAGAUCAUUUUGUGAAAGAAAAGAAUAAUUUAAUAAUGAUGCUACAAAGAGAAAAGGAGAAUCUUUGUAAUUUGGAAAAGAAAUACUCCAGCCUCUCUGGGGGAAAAGGGUUUCCUGUUAGCCCCAAUACUCUAAAAGAGGGGUAUAUCAGUGUAAAUGAAAUUAAUGAGCCAUGUGGCAAUUCCACGAAUCUGUCCCCUUCCACUCAGUUCCCUGCUGCUGCUGAUGCUGUUGCCACUGAGCCUGCCACCGCUGGGCUGGUGAGCCAGCCACAAAGUAAAGAGCACUUUAGAAGUCUGGAAGAAAGGAAAAAACAGCAUAAAGAAGGCCUCUAUCUGAGUGACACUUUGCCUCGAAAGAAAACUACACCUUCCAUCUCCCCACAUUUCAGCAGUGCUACUAUGGGGAGAAGCACCGCCCCAAAGGCUCACCUGCCCCUAGGACAGAGCAACAGCUGUGGCAGUGUGCUUCCUCACUCGCUGGCAACCAUGACCAAAGACUCAGAAUCCCGGAGGAUGCUCAGAGGUUAUAAUCACCAACAGAUGAGUGAAGGACAUAGGCAGAAAUCUGAAUUUUACAACCGCACAGCGUCUGAAUCAAAUGUCUACUUGAACAGUUUCCAUUACCCAGAUCACAGCUACAAGGACCAGGCUUUUGAUACUUUGAGCCUAGACAGCUCCGAUAGCAUGGAGACCAGCAUCUCUGCUUGUUCACCCGACAAUAUCUCCAGUGCCAGCACUUCAAAUAUUGCCAGAAUAGAAGAAAUGGAGAGACUUUUGAAACAGGCUCAUGCAGAGAAGACUCGGCUUCUUGAAUCCAGGGAACGAGAAAUGGAAGCCAAAAAACGAGCUCUGGAAGAAGAAAAACGACGCCGAGAACUCCUGGAAAAACGAUUGCAGGAAGAAACCAGCCAGAGGCAGAAGUUAAUAGAGAAGGAAGUAAAAAUAAGGGAGAAGCAGAGAGCACAGGCUCGUCCUCUGACUCGCUAUCUGCCUGUCCGAAAGGAAGACUUUGAUUUGCGGAGCCAUGUAGAGACUGCUGGCCACAAUGUCGACACCUGUUACCAUGUAUCAAUCACAGAGAAGACCUGCCGAGGAUUCCUCAUCAAAAUGGGUGGAAAAAUUAAAACGUGGAAAAAACGUUGGUUUGUUUUUGAUCGGAACAAGCGAACAUUCUCUUAUUAUGCAGACAAGCAUGAAACUAAAUUAAAAGGAAUAAUAUACUUUCAAGCCAUUGAAGAAGUGUAUUAUGAUCACCUGAAGAAUGCUAAUAAGAGCCCUAAUCCAUUACUCACCUUUAGUGUCAAGACACAUGACAGAAUCUAUUAUAUGGUGGCCCCAUCUCCAGAAGCCAUGCGGAUCUGGAUGGAUGUGAUCGUUACUGGGGCAGAAGGUUACACUCACUUCUUGUUGUAGUGAACUGGGACGACAGUCCACUUCAGGGCAGACUGCAAUAAACUCUAACAAGAAUGAAGCCAUUUUUGAUCCCAGAUGGAAAGACCCAGCAGACCCAUCCCUUCAACUG